UUCUAUUGUUUUUUCAUUUCAUAAAACAAAACUUUUCUCUCUCCCCGACAGACCUCAAUUUUCCACGAGUCGCUGGCCACCUCUCACCACCACCACGUUUUCUGCUCUUGUCAUCAAGAUGCCGUGGAUCGAUUGAGCUCCAAAUUAAAGAACAUUGAAGUGAUUGAUCACCGCUGGCUCGCGACCCUCGGCGUGGCCUUGGUCUACGUCCUCCGCGUCUACUUCUCCAGGGAUUCUACAUCGUGUCGUACGGCUUGGGGAUCUUCCUCCUCAACUUGCUCAUCGGCUUUCUCUCUCCUCAGGUCGACCCGGAGAUCCACGACCUUUCCGACGGCCCCGGCCUCCCUACCCGCGGAUCCGACGAGUUCCGCCCCUUCGUUCGACGGCUCCCCGAGUUUAAAUUCUGGCUGAAAGGUUGGUUGGGAUUUGGGUGGAGUUUGCUUAGUCUACAUACCUCUUUCGCAUAAGAGGAAGGUGACAGUUCAGGAGUUCAAGGGGAAACCAUAGGUGUCGUUGAGGGAGUUUUUUACUAAAGAAGGCAAGGAGCUCCCUACUUCUAAAGGUGGAGUAUUAUUUCAGUGAUCUGAACUUAGCUACUACUGAUCAUCUUAUGAGGUUCAUAAACAAAGACCCAGAAGGAUUUGUGCCAAUAUCUGUUGUUGCAUCUUUCAAGAAGAUUAAGGCCCUCGUAAGUAGUCAUUCCCAGCUUGCAACUGUAUUGCGGAACUCCUCAAAGCUUGUGAGUUCACUUAUUUGUGCUCUGGCUGCAUUUGGAUUAGCUGCAUUACUUGUUAUAUUUUUGUUGGGUGGAUUCGUUAUUCCCAAAGAUAGCAUUAAGCCAUGGUGGCAAUGGGCCUUUUGGGUAUCACCACUAUCAUAUGGACAACGCGCUCUUUCUGUCAAUGAAUUUACUGCUGUAAGGUGGAUCAAGAUAGCUCCUUUAACAAACAGAACAAUUGGGCAAAAUGUCCUCCAAGAACACAACAUACCAAAUGGUGAUUAUUGGUAUUGGAUUGGAGUUGGUGGUUUGUUAGCUUAUGCAUUGCUUUUCAAUUGCAGAGUGACUCUGGCCUUGACGUACCUAAAUCCACUAAGGAAGUACCAGACAGUGCUUCCACUUGAUGACACAGAAGGGAGUCCUGCUGCAGAUGGGGGUAAAAAUAAGACUGUGUCUAGCCCAAAAUUAGCUAGAGUUAACAGCCCAGUAAAGGGAAUGAUCUUACCAUUUCAGCCAUUAACAAUGACUUUCCACAAUGUUACCUACUCUGUUCACAAGCCAAAGGAGAUGAAGUCACAAGGUAUACCAGAAUCGAAGUUGCAACUCUUGUCGAAUGUGAGCGGAGUAUUCUCACCAGGUAUUCUUACAGCUUUAGUUGGGUCUAGUGGAGCUGGAAAGACCACUUUGAUGGACGUCCUUGCUGGUAGGAAAACUGGUGGAUACAUAGAAGGAGAUAUUAAGAUAUCUGGUUACCUGAGAGAGCAACAUACUUUUGCUAGAGUAGCAGGAUAUGUUGAGCAAAAUGACAUACAUUCUCCUCGAGUUACAGUUGAGGAGAGUCUAUGGUUUUCUUCUGCUCUUCGCUUUCCAAAGGAAGUCAGCACAGAGACAAGACUCGUGUUUGUUGAAGAAGUAAUGGAACUAGUAGAGCUCGAUACUCUAAGGCAUGCUUUGGUUGGUGUGCCAGGCAGUUCAGGCUUAUCAACAGAGCAAAGAAAACGCUUAACAAUCGCUGUUGAGCUUGUUGCGAACCCGUCAAUUAUCUUUAUGGAUGAACCCACAUCUGGACUGGACGCAAGGGCAGCAGCCAUUGUGAUGAGGACUGUUCGUAAUACUGUUGAUACAGGAAGAACGGUGGUCUGCACUAUACACCAACCAAGUAUCGACAUUUUUGAGGCAUUUGACGAGCUUCUUCUUAUGAAACGAGGGGGGCAAGUUAUAUAUGGAGGAAAGCUAGGCCAGCACUCCCAGACAAUGAUAAACUACUUUCAGGAGAUUAAUGGAAUCACUCCGAUUCCAAGCGGGUACAAUCCAGAAACCUGGAUGCUGGAGGUAACCACACAAACUCUACCCAAAUCCCAACCAACCUUUCAGCCUAAGACAAAUAGGAGAGACUGCAAGAUUGGAUACCCAAGGUGAAUUCGUGCAUUUGGAUGGUUAAAUGUUCAAAAGAUGAUGUAGUAUAUUUUGUAAUAUGCUAUAUUCUUAACAUAAGUUUAAACUCAAGUUUGCUAGAAAUUGUACUUGGUCUGUAACAGAUUGGAUAUAAAAAGUUUGUUAAAACCCUUUCUAUUAUCUAUGAUAUAUAUGCUGAUUCACCGGCCUGUAC